AUGGCUGAAGAUUAAGAUAUAUGGGAAUGUUUGUUUGAUUAUUUAAAUGAAUCAUAAGACAAAGUAAAAAAUGUAGAUUCUGAAAUAAUUUCAUAUUCUAAAGGAAUACCUGAUUUAGCCAUUGAUCCAUUAUCUAUUGGAGAAUAAUUUCCUAGAGUAGAGAUUGCAACAAGAAUGCUUGAUGGAAUGUAUAUAGUUGAUAAUAUAAAUUAGAAUUCCAUCAUCUUAUAAAAUGUAAUCUUAGAAAAUGGUAAAAUUUCAAGAAUUUAGAGAUGAAUUAAUAGAUGAGAUUGAUGAAUUUUAUUAAGAAGAUUAACUUGAAGACAUAAGACAAAUAUAUCUCUAAUCUAAUUUAAAAUAAAAGGAUUAUGAAUUCACUAAUAUUUUACCAUUUAUGUAAGAUGAAUUAGCAUUAAAUCCAGGUAUUGAAACAGUAUUAUAUACAAAUCAUGAUAUGUUUAGUGGUGAAAUAGAAAGUGUAAGUUCUGCUUAUCUUCACACUGAUUUAAAAUCAUUUAGUACUACAAAUGUAAUCAAUAGAGGUUAAUUAAUAAAAGAUAAAAGAGGUCCAGAAAAAGUAGAACUUGGUGAUAAAUUACUUUCAUUAGAGAAAUUAGAAUAAUAGAUUAAAGUUUAAGCAGAUACUAUUUUCACUUAAAGUGAAUAAAUAAGAUAAGAAAGAGAUAUUAGAAAAUACGAAAGAAUAGCUGAAUAUUAAUAAAGAAUUGAAUAUAUAGAUGAUAAAUUUAUUAAAGAUUAGAUUCAAUCAAUAUUACACACUUUCCAUAGUUAAAGUGAUCCUAAAUUUAAUACAAUUUGGUCUCUCUUUAUUGAUGAAUAAAAAGAGGAAUUAUAACCUAUCUUAUAAUAAAAACCUAAAUAAAUUGAAACCUUAGAUGAUUUAGAAUUCUAAGAAAAUGCUAUUGUUUCAGAAUCUGAUAUUUAAAUGCUUUCUACAUUAACUGAACUUUAAAGAUAAGCAAGAGAAACUGCUAAAAUUAAUAAUAUAGCUAAUGAUGCAGAUGAUGAAGAAAUCAAAGAAGAAUAGAAUGCUAUUGUAAAAGCAUAACAAAUUGUAGAUUUUAAUUAGAUUGAUAAUGAACCUACUUUUAUAGAUUAAAUGUAUUAUGCUGAAAAGGCAGAACCAGAAAUAUAAGAAUAGGAUCCUGAAAUUAAAAAAUAGAUUUAAGAUGCUUUAUAAGUGAAAUCAAAAUUUAGAAUUAUUAAAGUUUAAGAUAUUAUUAAUAAUUCUAAUAAAUUAAUUGAAGAUAGAGAUUAUAAAUUUGCUGUUGAAGAUGAAACAGAUAUGUCUAAUUUUUAUGAUCAAUUACCUAAAGCUAAAAUGGCAAAAUAAUUUCCAUUUGAAUUAGAUGAUUUUUAAAAAAGAUCAAUAUUACAUCUUGAAAAAAAAGAAUCAGUAUUUGUUUGUGCUCAUACAUCUGCAGGUAAAACUGUAAUUGCUGAAUAUGCUAUUGCAUUAGCAUUUAAACAUAAUAGAAGAGCAUUAUAUACAUCACCUAUUAAGGCUUUAAGUAAUUAGAAAUUUAGAGAAUUUGAUCAAAAAUUUGGUAAUACUGGAGUAGUUACAGGUGAUGUUUCAAUUAAUCCUGGAGUAUAAUAUUUAUAUAAUAUUAGGCACCUUGUUUGAUUUUAACAACAGAAAUAUUAAGAAAUAUGUUAUAUAGAGGAGCAGAAUUAAUUCGUGAUAUAGAGUGGGUCAUUUUUGAUGAAGUACAUUAUGUUAAUGAUUAAGAAAGAGGGAUGGUAUGGGAAGAAACAAUUAUUAUGUUACCUUAACAUAUAGGAAUUAUAAUGUUAUCUGCUACUGUUCCAAAUUAUAUGGAUUUUGCUAAUUGGGUAGGUAGAACUAGAAAAUAAAAGGUUUAUGUUAUGAAAACAUUUACUAGACCUGUUCCUUUAGAACAUCAUAUAUUUCUAUUUGAUAAAUUCCAUUCAAUUAAAGAAAGAGAUGGAGACUUUUUAGCUUAAGAAUAUAAUAGUUUAAAAGUAAUUUAUAGAUAUAAUAUAUUUAUAGAAAAAAAUAAAAGAAAUUGAAGAUGAAAAAAAAGGAUUAAAAGAAAGAAUUAAGAAAAAUAUGGAUGAAAAAAAAGAAGAUGAACUUUAUAAAAAUACUAAUAAAUCUAUGAGAUAAAAAUUAACUCAAAAAUAGAUUAAAUCUAAAUUUAUAUAAAAUAUAUCAGCUGCAAAUAUGAAAUAAAAAGAUGAAAAAAGAGCUAUGACAUAAUUAAUUAGAUUAUGUGAAAAAAAAGAUUUAUUACCUUGUGUUAUUUUUGUAUUUUCAAGAAAAAAAAUAAAUGAAUUAGCUGAUUCUAUUACUAAAUAAAAUAGUUUAAAAUUAAUUGAUCAUAAAACUGAAGCACGAAUUAUUGGAUUUUUUGAUUAAGCUUUACUUAAAUUAAAAUCAUAAGAUAGAUAAUCACCAUAAUUAAUUAGAUUAAGAGAAUUAUUAAGAUUUGGAAUAGCAAUACAUCAUGGACAUCUAUUACCUAUUGCUAAAGAAAUAGUUGAAAUUCUAUUUUCAGAAGGACUUAUUAAAGUAUUAUUUGCUACUGAAACAUUUGCUAUGGGAAUUAAUAUGCCUACAAAAACUGUUAUUUUUCAUUCAGUUGAAAAGUUUGAUGGAUCAAAUACUAAAAGAAUGUUACAUUCAAGUGAAUACACUUAAAUGAGUGGUAGAGCUGGAAGAAGAGGAAUUGAUGAAAAAGGAAAUGUUAUUAUAUAUAUUAAAGAUGCAUAAUGUUUACCUGAUGAAUUAAGAAUGAAGUAAAUGGUUGAUUCUAAAGGAUUAUAAUUAGAUAGUAAAUUUAAAAUAACUUAUAGCAUUAUAUUAAAUUUAUUAACUAGUAAAGAUAUUGAUGCAACAGAAAUGAUGAAAAGAUCAUUUCAUGAAAAUUAUAGAUUUGUAUAAUUACCAAAAUAGAUGUUAAGUUUAGAAAGAUUAAAAAAAGAAUAUAUAAAUACAUCUUUAAUAUAAUGUCCUUAUCAAAAAGGAUUAAGAUCAGGAGUAUCUAAAUCAUUAAUUGAAGAAUAUGUUGAAAUCUAAAAGAAUUAUAGAUUUUCAUAGAUUGCAUUUAUUUAAUAAGCAAUUACUUAAAGUAAAACUAAUAUCACUUUCCCCAGAUUUGUAUUAUUUUCUGAUCAUUUUGGUGAAAUAAGUUUAGGAGUUGCACUUUCCCAAGAUUAUUUAAAUGAUGAUAUUUAUGAUUAAAAUUAUGUACUCAGACCAUCAGAAAUAAGUAUUAUUAUAUUAAUUAAUUAAUAGCAUAAUUAAAUUUUAGUAUAUUAACAAUACAUUCUGGAAAUGAAGAUGAAAAACAAUAAAGAAGAUUUAAGAAAAUUUAUUUAUAAUAUUAAACUUCAUUUCUAGAAAAAAAGAGAGAAAAAUAAAGAAAUAAUUAACUUAAAUCUAAUAGAGAAUUUUAUUAUAUUAUUAAUAAUGUUACAGAAGAAAGUAUUAUAGACUUUUUAGAUGAUUAAAUAAAAGCAUCUAAUAAAACAAACUUUUUAAAUAUUGAAGUUUAUUAUGAAGAUUAUGCUACAUAAUUAUUAGAAAAAUAAUAAUAAUUUUAAGAUAUGAAGUAAAUGUUAUAAUAUAUAUAUGCACCUUAAUAAUAAAAUAAUAAUAAAAAAAGAUAAGCUGUUCUUACUAAAUUUAAAUAUAAAUUUAAAUCUAAUAAACAAUAAAAUGAUGAAGAAAAUAUAGAAUAAUUCAAAUUUAGAGAAGAAUAAUUAAAUGAAUUGAUUAAUUAAUAAUGUCAAUUUUGUGAUUUAAAAGAUAAACAUUUAUAAUAAUUAUAAUUAAAAGAGAAAUUAAAGAAUGAUAUGCUUGAUAUCAAAAAAAAGAUUUAAGGCAAUGAUACAUAGAGUUAAAGUGAUUUCAAUAAUAAAUUAAAUGCAUUAAAAUUAUUAGGUUAUGUAGAUUAAGCAGGAUUACCAUUAAUUAAAGCUAGAAUUGCUAGAGAAUUAAUGGAUUAGAGUUCCAUUUAUAUAUGUGAAGUACUUGUAGAUAAUAUAAUGGAAACUCUAAAACCUAGUGAAAUAGCUGCUUUGAUGUCAGCUUUUGUAUGUUAAGAUAGAAGAAAAUUUGAUGAAGAAUUUGAUGAAAGUAAUAUUGAAGUUAUGCUUCAUAAAAAAUUUGAUGAGAUUUCUCUUGAAUUAAGUGGAGCCAUUAUAGCUACUUAUGUUUUGAUCAAAAAGACUAUUGAAGAAGAAAGUAAAUUAUUAAUUUAAAUAUUUAUAGUGAAAAUGGAUGCAGUAGAUUCUAAAGACUCAUAAGAACAUAUUAAAACUGUUCUUAAUUUUAAUUUAACUUAAGUGUAAUUGUCAAUCAUUUAUUAUUAGUAUUUAUUUAUGGGCUUAAGGUUAAUCAUUUGUAGAUGUUUGCUUAUAAACUGAUAUAGAAGAGGGUUCUAUUGUUAGAACUAUUUAGAGAUUGGAAAACAUGCUUAGAGGUGUAACUAAUGCAUUUAGAGUUAUGGGAAAUUUGAAAAUGGUUGAUAAGGUUGAAAAAGCUUGUUUAUUAAUUAAAAAAGAUAUAGUCUUUGCUGAAAGUCUUUAUUUUGACUCAAAUGCUAAAAUUAAAGAGAAAAAUUGAA